AGGCAGAGGCUGCUCCAACCCACCCAGUCCAGAGUCCACCCGCGCAGCCAGCCAAGGGCGCGGGCGCGGCCCAUCCCACCUCCCCUUCCCCAACCCUAGCCUCCGCGGCGGGGAUAGAUCUAGCCCUCCGCCCCCGCCGCCAGGCCCGCCGAGCCCUAGCUUCCCUCCCGAACCGCUGCGGUCGCGAUCGCCGCCGCGUCGCGCGGGGCGGAGGAGGAUCCCGCGGCGCCCCCAGCUUCGAAACGGGGGCCAUGGAGGUGGACGGCGCCGCGGGGACGGCGGCGGCGGGCGGCGCGAAGCCGCUGACGCCGGAGGAGGAGGCGCUGCGGCGCAGCACCGACUGCGUCUACUUCCUCGCCUCGCCCCUCACCUGCAAGAAGGGUAAUGAAUGUGAUUUUCGUCACAGCGAGGGUGCCCGGAUGAACCCUCGAGACUGUUGGUACUGGUUGAAUGGCAGUUGUUUGAACCCGAAAUGUUCAUUUCGCCAUCCGCCAAUUGAUGGUCUCUUUGGUGCCCCAACUCCUGGAAUACCUCCAGUUUCUUCGCACUAUGGUGCUUAUAGCUCGGGCAAGCAGAUGGUCCCGUGCUAUUACUUCCAGAAAGGGAACUGCCUGAAGGGUGAUAGAUGCCCUUUUUAUCAUGGACCGCAAGCGGCUGGUAAUAAUACCACAGAUCAGGCGGUGAAGGUUUCGUCCUUACCUUUGGAACUGCCCCAGGCUAAAAAGAAUGAAGAAACUGCGGCUCCUAAUAAUUUAACUCAGCAAGGUGCUCGAAUAAUUGAUGACAGGAGUAUGGUCCAUAUUACUAAGAGUGGUGUAGGUGUAACACCUACUGAACUAGCUUCCAACGCAGUGGAGUCUAGGCCCAACUCAGAGCAGGCACCCAAUAGUAUACCAGCAGCGAAGAAAAGUUUCACAGUUGAGGAGGAUCAUCCUAUGCACUAUCAGAACCAGCUUCCUGUUGAAGGUGAUUCUGUCCAAGACUGGAACCAAAAUUUCCAAAUACCCCCAACAGAUGACCUGCCACAGAAUAGCAGGGAGGCUGAUGAUUUUUUGGGGGAGUCUUCUCCUGGUUUUGAUGUUCUUGUAGACAAUGAUGCAGAUGGUGCUGCUUAUUUACAUGACGAGGAAGAUUUUGGAAGGGAUAUGUACCCGGUAGAAGAUUAUGAAUAUGCUCCAGCUGAUUUUGAUACUCAGGCCCAUCAUGAAAGUGAACAGUUCAAUGGAAUGGGCGAGAAUGGACAAAUUGGACAACUUUAUGAUGGCUAUGAUAGGAAACGGCACAGAUCCUCAUCUGAGAGGAGCAUAGACAGACCUUUCCAUUCAGAUAGAACGUUUCACCACAGAGGCCUUGAUCGUGAUGAGAUAGAUGGGUCAGAUCUACGCCAUCAGCUCCGCAGGAGACGGAUAAAUGGGCCUUCUACAACCAUUAGCCCAGAACGGGCUAAUGGGGGGCGGCACUGGAGGGAUGAACACUACAGAGAAAGGGCACAUGGUGUUCACCACAUGCACAAUGAUCGCCGUCAGGGCCCACGAGGAAGCACUCUGAGUUCCCGUCUGCAGGCCAGAAUAAAGCUUCCUGGAAGAUCACCUGAUAGAGUUGAAACUCGCUUCGAGGAUGAGCGAGACGGGAGACUCCGGGGGAGAUUCUCUCCAGCUAGACGGGUGGAUUUUCAUGGUGGUAGGAAUCGAGAGCCUGGAAAACAUCAGGAAAGGAGCCACCAGAUAUCAAGUGAGCUCGUCUCAAGUGUCAGGCAUGCAGAUGGCCUCUUUAGAAGAGAUGCAGUGGAUUCAGCUCGCUUUCCUGCUCGUAGAAACUUCGGAGAGCCAAGGAAGGCAAAUGGAAUUGUGGAAACUGAAGUAUCUCUUGAUUUUGAGGGUCCGAAACCCCUCAGUGUCAUCUUGCAGAGGAAAAGAGAGGCAGCAGGGGGUAAUAACUCAUCUUCCAACUAUGAGAAAUCUGCUGAGGUUGCAGUCAUGCGGACUGGUUUUCUGGUUGAAUCUGAGAAGAAAGGAUGUGCCAACACUAUCAUGUCUGAAGAUUGCAAGAGUGGAUUAGGUGAUGAAGAGUACAAAGAGGAAGAUGAUAUCCCUGUGGAGGGUCAUGGGCAGUCUUCAUCGCAUGGUGACAAAUUUGAGGGUGAAGAUGCUGCUGAGGUGGAUCCAGAAGGAAAUCAAGAGGCAGAUAACUAUGACCAGAGAGAGGGUGAGUCAGAUGACUACGAGACAAUCGAAGGUCAUGACUACAAAUCUGAGGACGAAAAUGCAUACCAAGAUGACGAAGACCUCGACGACGAUGAUGACUUUGCUCAGAAAGUAGGGGUUGUUUUCUCUUGAGCUCUACUGUGUCACUGCUUCUGUUGCUUGAGGCAAAGCGUUCUACGUUGUCGUUGCUCGAAGCAAAGCUCUGAAGUGCCUGCUUAGCUUAGCGCAUCUCUUGGAUGAGUUCAUCGGGCGCUUUAUGUUUCCAUUUUAAUUUUGAUAGUGCCAACGCCUACUAUUUUUUUUUAGGCUGAUAACUGAUAAGUAUAGGUCAGAUAUGAAUCGAGGUGGCAUUCAUAAACGAUUGUGGUCUACAUGUGAACAGCUGUGCUUUGUUCAGCCUAUCUGACCUACCCUCGAACUCUGUAUUGUAUUAGUUUCCUUACUAACAGCAGUAUAUUCCUUGGAUCAGUUUAUGCCGGAAAUGAAAAAUUAUAAUCAGUCCCCAGAAGAGGGGCUUUGUUUGUGUUCACAAA